AACCACUGUAUGAUUGAUACACCACAGGUCAAUUUCUCUACUAAAAUACCGCUGAGUUGUUGGACGAUACGCGGGAGCGCGCGGGAAGUUCAAAACAAACAUGGCGGACUCAUCAGUUGAACUAAUCGAGUUUUUUCGUCCUCAUAAGAAUGAAGUUAAUCUCUAUGUCACCAACAUUUCAAGACGGCUGGAGAAAGAAGUGGUACAAGUGAAACUGCUUGAAAUAUUCUCCCAGUUUGGAUUGGUGUAUGAAGUACAAGUGAUCGAUUCAUCAGAUAGUUCAGAAGCUCCUGAGGAGUCUACUGUGAAUUGUUCUGAGUUGAACUACAGUUCUCUAUAUGCCUUUGUCAAGUUUUAUUCAGCAAGGGCAGCAAAAAAGGCAAAAGAAAGAAUAAAUGGAAAGAGACUUUUAGGAGGCCAAAUUUUAAAGGUCAGUUUUAGUUUUCCCUUGUGGCAGAGUUCUCAUGGCAAUAAUGUUCUUUAUCAACUGUUGCAUAAUUUUGAGGCCAGGCCCAGGUUGUUUGAAAGGUGGAUAAUGCUAUCCACCAGGUAA